AUGAUCCUCCACAAGGUUGACGACACACUGAUGUGCAAGGUGUUUGCGAUGACCUUGCGAGCAGCCGCCCAAGACUGGUUCCACACUCUGCAAUCCAGGUCGAUCAGCAGCUUCAAGGAGCUGACUUACGUCUUCACCAAAGAAUACACCUCUUACUGGACAAUCAAGAAGAACCCUGACCACCUGUACAACCUGCAGAUCUACGAGAUUGCCGAACUCUACAAGCUCUGGGAUGAUGAUCAAAUCGCCGCAAAGAAGUCUACUAACCAAGAAGAUCAGCCGAUUAAGCAAGCAGGCCAAAGAAGCGACGGAUUUAGCAACAAAAACAAAGACGAGCGUAGGUCGCACCCACAAGAGAACACUACGGCAGGAGAGAACUACACCAAAUUCACCAUCCCCAUACAUCAAAUCUUAGCCCACGGGAAGAACAAACCUUGGGUAAGAAGACCACCACCCUUGAAAGGAGAUCCGAACAAGAAGGAUGCUAGCAAAUACUGUGCCUUCCAUGGGAUGCACGAGCACACCAUGAACAACUGCUUCGCUAGGAAAACGCAUGUUGAAGAACUCGUGAGAGAAGGUCACUGCACAAAAUUCGUUGCGAAGCAGGCCAUCCAGCGGAUUGAAGAUCGUGACACCGCCAAGGAGCCGCCCCAAAAGGUCAUAAGAAUUAACAUAAUCCUAGCCGACUCCGAGGAGUGUGGGCUGACUAGGAAGAAAAGGAAGAGGAAGAUCAAACAGGCCACCGUGAUCUCCCAAAUCUCGAUCGACCUUCCACCAGUAAAAGACGAUCAUGUAAUCAGCUUCCCAAAGAAAUAUCUAACCGGCCUCGACAUGCCACAUAACGAUGCCCAUGUCAUCAGCAUUCAAAUCGCGCAGGCCAUGGUCGACGGAAUCCACGCAGAUGAGGGCAGCGCAGCCAAUAUCUUGCAACUGGCGGUCAUCCAGUAG